GGGGGUCAGUCUGUCCGCCCGCGAGGGCUUAUAAUCCCCGUAACACUAUCCGUUGUAAUGCUGAGCUAUAUGAAAUAUAGGUGUAAUGUUUGGGACGACGAGGACUCGCUGUGCACCAGAACGACUGGGCUGCAAAAAGAUUAUUAUGGUACAAGUUGUUGAUGUCGGAUUUGUAUGGACUGAGUUCCCCUAUUAUUACUACUGACUACUAUACGACUACUACUACUAGUACUACGUGCAGAUCUUCACAUGACACCGCUUAUUCACAUUUGGAGGCAUCACACUCAAGAUGGAUAUCUUAGUAAGCAGCGAAGCAGAGCAUUUCCAAGUUUCAGAUCAGACCUAUGACUACAAUGAAGACACACAUUUGGACCUUGGCCAACAAACUGACACAGAUGCAGAAAGACAUUUAUCAGAUUCCCCUUUAACUACCUCCUCAUCUAAAAGAGUCAAAAUGGAUGGAGAUGGGGAUGGAGCCCCCUCCUCUUUAGAAACGUCACCUAAAAGACAGAAAGGUGAGCAGCUGCUCAAAGGUCCUGGCGACGGUGGCAGCAGCACCAUCUCCUUCGACAGCAGUGCCGAGUCGACCCCGCGCGGGGGAGACAAGAAGUCCUCGGCCCAAUCCACCCCCCUCAGCUCGGCCCGCAGCGGCCUCCAGGGGUCGCCGGUGGUGGGGGCCGGGGACCUGAGCUCGCUGGACAUGAAGACCUCGUGGGACGGUAGUGCCAGCGGGGCCAGCAGCACAAAGGGUGAGGCUGCUUGUGCUACUACUGGUACCUCUGAGGGUGGUAGUACCAUAGGUUAUACGGUGGCCUUCAAGGCGCGAGCUGGCAUGCUGGCAGAUCCGGUGAAGAUCGCCAAAGAACGAGAGAAAGAAGAACGAGUUCGGCAGGCCAGAGAACGUCUGGCAGAAGAACGACGGAAGAAGCUGGAAGAGUUGAAGGAGCAGCAGAGGAUAGCCCAGGAGAACCGAGAGAAGCAGUUGGAGAUGAGGAGGAAGAAGAUCGAGGAUUUACGUCGCAGGGAUGUGGAGCGCAGAGCUGCAGUGGAAGAGAGACGGAAGAUGAAGGAGGAAAUAGAAAGAGUUCGUCGAGAGUCCAUCCUGCAGAAAGCGGAAGAGCGUGUGGCUCGCUACGAAGCCUGGAAAGCCGGAGGUCGCAAAGGUGGGAGGGGUCACAUGUUAGGUUUCGGUAGCGCCACCCCUCGUGACAUCUGCCAGCCCUUGGAGCGCCCCCGUCGCUCCUCCUCUCACAGCGCCCUGGUCAGGCGCUCCCCCAACGGGUCCGACAUGGACUCGGUUCGUCCCCAAAGACGCGCACUUUCAGCGUGUAGCGCCGUGCGCCGGCACUGCUGUGUAGAUAUUAAUCGGAUCGAAGGACUGGAGGCUCUCGGAUGUUCCCGAUCUCAAGCGGUUCGGUUGUAUCAUUUCUCGUGUCCGUGUCAGCCGGGGCAUGAAGCUUGCUGCAUGUUUGGAGGAGAAGGCAGCACGCCCAAGCACCUGUCGAUGUCGACCAGUGUGCUGUACCACAAACGCAACCCUGAAUUCUCCUCUAUGAAUGCCCUAUCACCUGCAUCAAGGCCUGAGUCUGCCCUGGUGCUCAACACGAUACCCGAAGGCAGACGGUCUUUUCUAGGCACCAGUCCGUCGUCCAGCGCCGUGUCCUCGGGCUCCUCGCCCUAUCACUAUUACCGGGCGUCCACGGGGGGCGUGGGCGGAGCCGCGGGUGGCGCGGGAGCCACCCCGCCUAGUCGCACCACCAUGACGGCCAGUAUGCCCAGCCCGGUGCGGAUGCGGGACAAAGCUGGCCCGCGCAAGCAGAGGCCCGCCAGUGUGGCCUCCUCCAUGCCCAGCUUUGUGGGGGGUGAGCCGGCGAAAUCGCCGCGCAGCAAAAGUACAGAUCGCGCGGCCAGAGAUCGAUCUAAGACUCGCCCGUCUCGGCGUGAGUCUAAGGACAAAGAGAACCUGGCCGGGAAAUCUUCAAAGUCUACUCCAAGAGCCGACCACGACAAAGAUGGGGACAAAGAUAAGACGGAUGGAGGAGAGAAGGCAGGGAAAGAGAAAAAAGGCCGAACGUCACUGUCGUUUUUCGAGAGGUUGGCCACGCCAAAGUUUCAGAAGGGCAAUCAGGAGCCAGUGGAGAAGGAGAAGACCCCAAAGAAGGACGCUCCGUUAGUCAGGGUUCAGUUUGCUGAUGAUAUUGUUCAUGAUGGAAGCGCAGAACCAGAGCUUUCACCACGGAAAGCAUACUCCACAACCAAUCUUGCCACCAUACGGAAGAGAUCUUCUCUCAGAGAAAAACCCAGCCCGGCUAAGGAAAAAGAGGCUACGGCGGCAGCCCCCAAACCGCCGGCAGCCAAACUGACACCCAAACACAGCCCAGCCAAAGAGGCGUCAUCCUCGUCUCGAGGGGCCACCUCUGGCCCGGCUAGGUCGGCUUCGCCGUCGGGGGGAAAAUCUUCGGCCACAUCCACCCCACGCGUGACCCCGCCCCCUUCUGCCAGUGCCACACCGGUUCCCACGGCAACAUCUGCGUCUGCUACCCCAGCAGAGAAACAUUCUGCUGGAGAGAAACAUUCUGCUCCAGAGGAUGGAACCACGACCCCCCGCACUUCCAGCGGCCCUCAAGACAUCACGGCUGAGGAGUACAAGGCUCGACUGGCAGAGAAGCGCAGACAGGCUCGGGAGAAGGCCGAGAGAGAGGCAGAAGAGGAGAGGAAGAGACAGGAGGAGGCCAGAUUGGCCGAGGAGGAGCGUAUGCGUCUGGAGGAGGAGGAGCAGCGUCGUCAGGAGGAGGAGUCCCUCCGUGUGGCUGCCGAGGCCCGCAAGGCUGAGGAGGAGAGGCUGCAGAGGGCUAUAGAGGCAGAGGAGAAGAGGAAGAGAGAAGAGGCGGAGAGACUGGAGCAAGAGAAGAAAGCUAAAGAGGAGGCUGAUAAAAAAGCGAAGGAAGAAGCUGAGAGGCUGGAGAAGGAGAAGCAGGAGAGAGCUCGCCGGGAAGAGGAGGAAAGACUUCAGAGGAAAAAGAAACUCGAGAUGAUCAUGAAGCGUGUGAAGCCUGAUGCCAGCAAUGCCGGUAGUCCUGCAAGUGGUGGUGGUGCUGACUCCAGCCUGAAGGCGGAGAGCCCGACCAAGUCUAUGAGCUACUCUCCCAACGUGAGCAUAGUGGGGUCUUCACAGAACUCCCCGGAGGAGCAGAGCAAGCCCAUCGUGCCUCCUGCCGCUGCGAACGAAGAAGCCUCCGAAGACAGCCACAAGGCCGCUGCGGGUACUGUGGAAGAGCAGAGUUCAAGGGAGACAACUUCUUCCCCGUCUACCGUGACCGAGCAGGGUGGAGAGUCAUCCGAUGCUGCCACAUCUGGAGUGACCGUCGGCUCGACUUCUACCUCCUCGGUGAUGGAGACUUCCAUGACUGCGUCUUCGUCCUCCGUGCCGGUGUUUCGUAGCGCGUCUUCGGGAGAUAUCCUGGACGGAGCCUCAACUCACGAAGAAUUCCGGGAGCAGGACAAGGAGGAGCUUCGUAUGUCCAGCAGUGUGAUCAGCACCCCAGUCAGGUCGGAGAACUCGAAGAGCCCGGCCCCAGAAUCAGUCUCGGACGGGAGACCCAAGUUCAAAUCCCCUCUCCUGCAACAGCUGGUGGAGAACAAAGGCGGAGACUCGUCGUCCUCCUCCUCCCCCAAGUUCAAGUCCCCGCUUCUGCAGAACCUGCUGGGCAAGACCAAAGUCGGAGCUCGCAUGGGCCUGUCUGCCAGUAUGGGUGACCUGAGCCAGAACAAGGACACACCCGGUGGCGGCUCUGCCUCCCACAACAACCUCAGCACCAUGGCCUCCUCCUCCGACGGGAACAGCUCCUCAGGCUCGGACAAGGAGGUCUCCAAGCAGGGAAAAGACGAAGACAAAGAUGAGGACACGCUGGAAGCCAACCGGGCCAGCGGCGCGAUGACGUCGUCUGUCACUACCAAGUCUUUCGAUUCUACGAUGACCGAAGGUCACCACGGGGUCAGCAACGGUGUGGCGGAAGAUUCGGUGGCCACCAGCGUGAAGUUCCCGUCGUCAAUGAUGAGCGACUCGGCCCUGGGCACCAGCAUAGAGCCGCAUCUGGACAGCCCGAGCGCUGGACCCAUGACGCAGUCCACUGUCUUCAAUGGACACUCGGAACACAAGAACGGUCUGGAGGACUCGAGCAUCAGCCUUCACUCACCGGAGGGCGUGUCCAACUCUGCCUCUGUUGUGACCUUUGACGCGGAGGAGUCGACGGUGUCUCGGACGGAGGAGGUCAGCGGGAGCGGUCAGUUUGAGGAGCUGAUCGACCUGCUGGACAACACCACGGCCGCCAAUAAGAGCAACGUGCUGGUGCCGGGCCCGCCCAUCAUCGCCUUUGACGAGAACCGCAGAGCAGAUGUCACAGAAUCUCUGUCAUGACCUCCGGGGGCCUUGCUGUAGAUUGGCCGUGUAUGUAGAGUGUCCAGGUGUCCGGAGGGCUCCGCGCGCGCUGGGCUCCCUGUCCUCUCUCCGAGCUCCACUUCCUCAUCCCAAACUCAUCCAUGUGAGGACGUCUUUC